AUGUAUGAAUUAUGUGGAUAUCCGAAUGGUUUCUCGGCACUGGGUUCUCGGUCUGAUGGAGAUUCUGUGAAUGCAACAAUUUUUGUUGGAGGACUUGACCCUAAUGCUACUGACGAGGAUCUCAGGCAGCCUUUCUCGCAAUAUGGUGAAAUACUGUCAGUCAAGAUACCAGCCAGAAAAGGAUGUGGUUUUGUUCAAUUUGCUAACAGAAAUGAUGCCGCGGAGGCCUUGCACCAUUUAAGUGGUACAACUAUCGGAAAGCAAACUGUUCGACUUUCUUGGGGGCGCAAUCCGGCUAACAAACAGUCGAGAGCUGAUUUUGGAAAUCAAUGGACGGGCGCCUAUUAUGGCCCACCUUUCUUUGACGGAUAUGGAUAUGCUAUGCCUCACAACCCAAGCGUGUAUGGAGCCCCGUACACCCCAUAUCCCAUAAUGCGAAAGGACCAUUUCUGGGUCACUGGAAGCUGGCAAUGA